AGCCAUAAAAGAGAAUAUAUGAAGUAGGCUCAAUCCGUUCAAAUGAAUCAAAAUGAAUCUUUAUAGUUGUAUUACUGAUCCAUAUGAGUCUGUUAAUGAUAAUCACAGUUUGGAUUGUAUAAGUGAUAUAAAGUGAUGGUACUUAAUGACAUUGAAUUAUUUAUCUUAAAACUCCAAACUCGCGCAAUUAACAAUGUGGUCGACAGAAUACAUUGAGUUAAAGCGUAUUGAUGCGUUAUUGCAAUGUGGGAUAUGCUAUGAAUACAUGGACACUAGUGUAAUAACCUCCUGCUCCCAUAGUUAUUGUUCGUUGUGUAUUAGGAAGUAUCUGCAUCACAAGACUCAAUGUCCAAUUUGUUUUGAGGAAAUCUUUGAAAAAGAUUUAAGAAAGAACAAACUCGUGGAUGAGAUUAUCAUUCAAUAUUUAAGUUUAAAAGAAAAACAUGACAAGAAAUGUUAUGAAAAAUUAAUUACUGUAAAGAAUGAAAAUUCUGGAGUUGAAUGUUCGGCAAAUAAUUUUGAGUGUGAGAAGGAACAAGACAUUCUCAAUGUAUCACACCAUCAUUUGGAUAAUUCUAUGCUCACGGCUGGUAAUACCACACCUCGUAGACAAAAGGAUAAUCAGCAAGAUAUAUCUACUCCUAGCACUAGCGCAGAUCCUAGGAUUCCUCUAAUGUUUACUCCGAAGAGUAGAAAGGGUUUUCAAAAGAAAGAAAAUCGUCAGAGGGUUACCUGUCCAGUGUGCAAAGUGGAAGUGCCUCAAAAUAAUAUAAAUAGGCAUUUAGAUGAUUGUUUAAGGAGGGAAAAUACAAAGGAGCAACUUAAAAAAAGCGAACCGAAACGUAAACCUUUGCCAAAGUUAGUGUAUAGUUUAAUGAGAGAUAACAUUAUACGAAAAAGACUGAAAGAAUUAGGCUUAUCAUCUCAAGGAGAUAAAAAAGCAUUAACGAAUAGACUACAGAGAUAUACAGUUCUUUAUAACGCAGAAUGUGAUAAGACAUAUCCAAGACCUAUAUCGGAAUUAAUUAAGCAAUGUGAAGAAGAAGAGGAUUUGGAGAAGAAAGUACAAAAAUCAUCAAAUAAUAUUUUUUCAAAUGUCACUAGAAACACUGAAGAUAAUAUUGUAGAACAAAAGAGAAAAGAGUAUUUGACUACAAACAAGGAAAGUUUUGACAAAUUAAUUGUAAAAAUAAAACAUGACGAUCCACAAAAAAUUUCUAUUAAGCGCGGCAUAUUAAACGAAGAAAAUUCAGAUAUUUUACGUAAUGAUUGUGUUGCAGAAAAGGAUUCAAUUUUUGAAAAUGGUCAAACAAGUGAUUUUCUGUUGCUAAAUUCUACUAAUUGUAUCGAAGAUUCAAAUUCAAACACGUCUUAUUCCUUGCAAUCUAGUAAAUACCCUACGGAUUUUCUAACUAUUGAACUAGAUACCUCACCUAACAAUUUCACUGAUCAAUGUGCUUUCAAUCAUAUCUCAAAUCGUUCAAAUAUAACUAGCCCAGAUUCAUUUAAUCCUACUACAAAAAUGGAAAAUAUAAAAACCGAAGAAUUGUCUUCCGAAAGUAUUUUAAUACAUGAAAAAAUAACUUUUAAUAACCAUUCAAGACAAUGUGAUGUUUUGAAGAAUAAAAUAGGUAUUAAUACUGUAAAAUCAAUUUCUGAACUUGUUAAUAUGGAAACAAAGAAUGAAGAACAAAUGAGAUUAUCUAACAGGAAUAGAAGUAGCACAAAGUAUAGCUUAAACAAACAUGUUGCAUAUUCUGAAUCUAGAGAUAGGUGGCAGAAAGAAUUACGCAACGAAAAUAUAGACUCAAUUGUAGAAGACGAUAACAAUAUUGAUGUUGAGGAUAAUUACGAAAGAUCAAAUCACGAGCAAUUAAAUGAAGCGAUGGAAGAGUAUGCUAUUGGCACGAAAUCCGAAAAAGAAAACAUGAAGGCAUUGGAUAAAGAUUUAACAACUUGGACUCCUAGAAAACGAGAACGCGAAAUGGCAUUCGCAUUAAGCGACGAGGAAAAGAUUGCAGAUAGAAUAAUGAAUGUUAAAAAGUCUCUCCGGUUUGGACUUAGUGAAGCUAAAGGAUUUAAUAACGAAAAUUUCGGCGAAACUGCGCGGGAUGAAGAAAGAUCACAAAGUGAGAAGGAAGAGUCGCAGAGAAUCUCGCAAGAACAAGUGACUAUCUCCAGAAAUUCGUCAGGGAUAUUAUCUGGAUGGCAUCUGCGAAUAUUUCUCGACGGCAGUCUUUUGUAAUCGAUCG